CCAGAGAGAGGAGAUCACUCUAGAUAGGAAUCUCUCCCGGCAUACUGACCACUGCCAGAGCCAGAGAGAGGAGAUCACUCUAGAUAGGAAUCUCUCCCAGCAUACUGACCACUGCCAGAGAGAGGAGAUCACUCUAGAUAGGAAUCUCUCCCAGCAUACUGACCAGAGCCAGAGAGAGGAGAUCACUCUAGAUAGGAAUCUCUCCCAGCAUACUGACCAGAGUCAGAGAGAGGAGAUCACUCUAGAUAGGAAUCUCUCCCAGCAUACGGACCAUUGCCAGAGAGAGGAGCUAACUCUAACUCAAGAGGGGCAUCUUUCCCAGCAUACUGACCACACAGAUAAAGCAGGGUUCAAUCUAGGUGAAUAUUUCAAUUUUAACUCAACAACGAGUGCUGACAGAUACCAACACAAUAACACUAUCUGGGCAGAGGAAAUCAGUCAAAACCCUGACCAGAAUACAUGUCCUGAAGCCUCAGUGCCGCUAGCUGGAUUGGAUGCCACAAGAAACAGCAUCUCCACCGAUAAGUCAAAGGUCACCCUCACCCACCGACCUGCUAGGCCAGAGAUUGACCCCAUGGACAACACCAGAUCUGGGGUAGAGGUUGACCUGAGCCUAAUGGACCAGGAUGACACCUGCUGUACCCUUAUAGACAACCUCUCACUUGUUGAACACCUGUCCCUGUCCAGAGAACCUGUCCCUUUGGAAACCACUGACGCUGUGAAUACCUGUGUGGCUGGGGCAUCAUCUCCAUUUAUUGAUGAUCAGUGUAGCGUGUCUCUUCUUCCGCCUUAUUCAGACGCUACAACAACAACAACAACAACAACACACCUGGAUGUCACAAGACAAGCUUCCAUUGUCGACGAGAAGCAGACACGACCAGUAGAGGCACCAUCAGCGAUGGAGGAUGAUAAUGAUGAAUAUCUUGGCUCUUGCAACACUAGCUCACCAUCCCUCCUAGUGGCUGAGGAGCUCCACGGGCCUGUGGGGAUAUCAGAAUGUACAGAGACCAAUAUCGAUACACUGUUUAUGCAGAGAGCAAGUCAAAUCCCCAAAGCUUCUCCCAUUGGAUCAGAUGUUGGUUUAAAAGCCAACCUGCUAAAAUGCACUGGUCUCGAUCUCCAGCUGAUUGGAGACGGACUGGACAGAGAGACCAUGGCUGCUGCGACUGGUAGAGAUGGUGAGACAUGUCAUAUUGAUGGUGGACAUUGUGAGGGAGGCUCUGUAACACACAGAGAGUCUAGAGACCCGGAUGCUUCUACUACUGACAACACUUUGUCUUCAGACAAUAAAGACAAUGGUGCUGACAGCUUCGUUGACUCUGACUGCACCGUGGUCUCUGAGCUGGACCAAGCAGAGACCAAGAACRAUGAUCUGGGACAAGUUGAAAAGGAGGAGGUGGCGAAAGCUCAUGUUCAACUUGAUUCAGAAGCGACAAUUGGUUCCGUCCAAGAUCAAGUGAGAGAAGUAGAAAACCCAACCCCCGGGGCUGAAGUUGAGACUUUAGAUCCAUUAAUAGAUUACUCUGAGGCGUGUGAGAGGAAUGGUARUGGAUAUACUACUACUGUAAUGGAGGACUCCACUAGCCUGUUACCCGCUUUAGAUAGCUGCCAAGCGAAGGACGGUGUGAAGGAAGAUGAACCAGAGAUGAACACUAUGCAAGGUGAUACGGGCAGCRCCAAACAGCACAACAGCUGUAGUCAACACAAGAGGAAAGCCAAGAGCAGUAGAGCCAGACCUGGCAAGAGGCAGGCCAAGCUGUUGUUGAAACCAAAGCCAAAGCCAAACCCUUGGGCAUCGCAAAACACCAGUACUAGUUACACAACAGGUGGUGCUGAUACCUCGUCUAGUUCAGUAGGUCACAUGCAUGGCACAAAGAUUCCCUUGCGGAAUCUCCACAAGAGAAACAGUAUGGGAGAGAGCCACCUUCACCUGGCAUGCAAGAAAGGAGACCUGGCUCUAGUGAGAGGCCUUCUGGAAGCAGGCCUAAAUGUCAAUCAGAUAGAUCACGCAGGCUGGACGGCGCUGCAUGAGGCCAGUGCUACAGGCUUCGAGGCUGUGGUCAAGGAGCUACUGCAGGCUGGGGCUGAUGUUACCAGUAGAGGUCUGGAGGGCCUCGCUCCUCUACAUGAUGCUGCUGCCUCAGGACACUACAAGGUAGUGCAGCUUCUUCUCCAGUAUGGCGCAAACCCCCGAGACAAAAACGCUCUGGGCCAGACCGCUGGAGACCUAGCCUGCCACGACGACAUCAAACAACUCCUCUCCACAUUCCCAGGCCCGUUUGUCCAACGAAGUUCUGCGCCCUCUGAGAGGCCCUCUGAGCGUUGUGGUGUCUCURGGUCUGGGUCUGAGGGUCGCAGCAGAAGGAAGCCAGCUGGCCCAGCCCGUCUCUGCUGUGAAGGCGACUGGGAAAGGCACAAAGCCAGACACACAGGUGUCAGGGAUACAGACAGAGACGGACAGCCAGGAGACGGAGGACGAGACAGGCAGCCUGGUGACAUUCAGCCCAGACAGAAAGACAGCACCACUGAGACACUGAAUCCCUCUGAAGCUAUCACUACGGCUCUGGACGGUGUGGACCGGAAACAACAGGAAAUGUCAACCUGGAAACUAAAUAAGUCAGAGGAUGCAGACAAAUUGACGAUGGCGCUAUCAGAGAUCCAGAGUGUUCUGAAUGUUGUGCUGGAGAAACAGCAGGCAGAGAAAGAUGACCUCACCAAGAAGUACAGGAUAGCGUCAGACUCGUUCCGGCAGGGAGUGCUGCGUAGUCAGCUGACUUCGUUGGCGUCGCGUCAGAAGAGGCUGCUGGGUAUCCUCCAGAAGCAAAGCGACUUCAAGCUCCAGCUCCGCACCUGGAGGGGCCCGACCCUGACUCAGCACCCCAAGACACAGCACUCCCAGGCGGGGAGAGAUCAGAACAUCUGCCACUCAUCAACCACCACUUCCAGCCCUGCUCCCUCAGAAAGGAGCCUCGCAGGCAGCCAGGAGGAGAGCCACGCUUCCCCCUUGUUCACGUCUACUGGUAGUCACGACAACCGAGACAAACAAGAAGGUAGUAGCCAGACAUCUCAGGUAGCGCCGCCUCCAACACRACCUCCAACACGAUCCGCUACCAUGGUAACACUCCCUUGGAUCGCCACCACGUCUACCCCUCAGCACACCACCAGGUAUUUCGUGGUACCAAUGCCCAUGGCUCCUCCCUCAUCGUCUCUGGCUCCACCCACCAGCACGACUCAGAUCAGUAAGGACAUUCCAACACAACACCGGGAUGACAAUAACAACAAAAACAACACUACCUUUCCAUCACAACAAGGAAACAGAAACAGCCAACCACAACAUGGAAACACCCCUGACAUGGGAAGMAAGGUGUUACAACAAGGGACGCCCAGUGAUGGAGAAGAGAACAGGAAGUUGAUCAGGCUCAUCAAGAGAGGGAUCAUCACACCAGGAGUGGAUGUACUACAGCUGAUGUGGAGGGGCUGUGUUCACCAGGCGUCUCUGCUCCUAGAAGGCUGGAUCAGAGACAGCGUCACGGGCAGAGAGUUCCAGGCCCCAGAGCUCUGGGUAGCAGCUAUCCUGGGAAACAACAUCCCUGUUUCCUCAACCUACGCCUGGGACAAGGUGACGUACAGAGACAGGUCUCUGUCUGGUUACUUACUGGGCGUAGUGGACGUGACAGCCCCAGCAGCAGCAUCACAGAAGCCUGCCGAAUCCACACACCAUGAUGGCUCUUCUGCUCAGCCUCAGGACGUCCCCUCUGCAGGGGCACCUCUCUCAGAGUCAUCGGCAGUACUCAGAAAUAUAAUGCAAAUCAAGUCRAUCAGAUUAAUUGGUGACGAGGAGUUUGUGCCCCAUCAUAUAAUGGACCGCUACUGGGACAGUCUUACACAGACRCACACUGACGACUGGCUGUUUUAAACUGAACGGAGAGACUGAAGACAAUGUUAUUCAUGUUAUAUUUCCUUGUUACUGUAUCAGCGUUACUUAACACUGUUAUCAAUGUUGUAAUGAAACUCUACUGAGACAUUAUCACACUGACAACUGGCUGUUUUAAACUCUUUAUACCCCAUGGAGACACUGAGGACUCAUAUUAAUGUAUGAUUCAUUGUUAUCAAUGUUAUAAUUCAAGAUGUACAAGUGGGUGUUUUUAGAAUGAACUCUUUAUCCCACAAAGAGAACUGGACACUCUAGGGCAACUGAUGUUAUAAUUAAGCAAUAAGGCACGAGGGGGAUGUGUUAUAUGCCCAAUAUACCGAGGCUAAGGGCUGUUCUUAAGCACGACGCAAUGAAGAGUGCCUGGACACACCCCUUAGCCGUGGUAUA